GAGUUGGUUGUUAAACAUUUAUCCACAUUCUCUUAUGUAUAAACCUUUUAUUUCUUAUUUUUUUGUAAAUCAGGGACUGGACAUUUCUGGAUAAAGCAGCUUCUUCUCCUAGAAGUGAUGACAUAAAGAAUUACAGUUAGGGGAGAGAUCAACCAGGAAUAAUCAGAGAGACAGGAGGUGCACAGUUCUAAUGACUGGGUCUCUGUUGAGGAGUUCCAAGGCAGAUAUGUCUACCCCCAUCCAACAGAAGGAGGUCCCAGAGACCUUGAGAGGACAGAAACCAUCCUAAGAAACUGACGGACCCCUCAACAAAAACUCACCAAGAGUUGUCAGAGGAAACAGCACCAGCUACGACAUCAUGACAUCCCAACCCGGGCCCUCUGGCAUGUUCAUGGUUCUGACUCCCAAUGGAAUCAGCAUCCCCCAGACGCAACAACCUGAGCCUUCCUCUUCAUCAGACAGCAACCUGAAGAAAGGGCUGAAGGAGGAGUCCAAAGCUCUUGGGACCAUCCAGAUCUUAAUGGGGCUGAUGAUUUUGAGUAUGGGGAUCAUUUUGGCAUGCAUAUAUGAUGACUCCUACUUCAAGUCUUCCUCUUAUAAAGUUGUCAAGUCUGGGUACCCAUUUAUAGGUGGUGUAACGUUUAUCAUUUCUGGAUCACUCUCUAUUGCAUCAGAGAGGAAAAAGACGAAAUCUUUGAGCCGCUUCAGCCUGGCUGCCAAUGUGAUCAGUGGCAUUGAGGCCACAGCUGGUCUCAUCUUGCUCUCUGCCAUCCUGCCUGAGAUCCAUGAAGAUUUAUCUCAGUGUCUUCACUCAACCCACCAAGAAAAACAGGACGACGAUUAUGUCCACAGUUAUGACUUUAAUGACUUCAAUUCCUGGGCUUGCCACAUGGCCAACUCUGCUCUCACUGGGACUCUGUCUGUGAUGUUUAUCUUUACCGGCCUGGAGUUAAGCAUCGCUCUGUUUGUGGCUUUCUUUGACUGGAGGAAGCUGUCGACAGAGUCUGAUGGGGCUGUCCUGUUCCUAUCACGUGGUCGCCACAUCGCUUCCAACUUAAAGGCGUCUCUUUCUAACCCUGCCUAUGAAGAGUUUGCGGCCUCUGCCUAGAAGAUCCUGAGGGUUUGCUGUUGGGGCUUUGGAGGUCACUAUCACGUGGGAUUCACUGCCCAACAGAACUGUGAUUCAAGGUCCUGCAAAUGUCUGACUCUGAUGAAGAAGCAGAAAAUGCUUGUUUUUGGUUUUAAAGUCAAUUUCUUUCUUCCACAUGGGUCAUCAUCCGCAUGGUUGUCCUUGCCUCAGCCUCAUGGAGGGUUACCAAGAAACAGCAUCUCUGUGGAGCAUCUUGCAAACUGCCCCCAGCUUCCCCUCCCCUGCUGUUAUCAUGAGGCAGUGGACGGCCAGAUGGGGAGGGGGUGCUGCGGCUUCUUCUGCUCAAAUGGAGUCCUAUUAUUUCUCUCUCACGUCUGCCUUUUGCUGCUCUUUGCUUGGGCUGGAGAGCUGAGCCCCGGGCUCUUGCCAGAGCUGGGAUGUUUCCCACAUUCCCUUUGCCUCUCUAGGAGCAAAGCACAGGAGGCUUGGAGUUCAAUCAGGGAAAUGCUGCUGCAGUUUGCUUACUAAUAAAUUCUUUUUUUUUUUUUUUGGACUUUAAGACUUAUUUUCUGCAUUGCUUCUCAAGCAUGUUUUUAAAGGAAUAGGAAGCCUCAGAGGCAGAUAUGAUAGGAGAGUGCGUGGAAAU